UAACAUAUAGCAUAUGACAAAGCAACGACCGCUUUAAUUCCGACAAAAGAGCUCUACGUAAGUACAAUAGCAAAGCGGUUCUGUAUUAUCUAAUAAUCUCCGGCGGCGGAAGACGGAGGAGAAAAAGAUGGAUCUAGAAAGCUUAGGUGGGCUGACUAUGCAUAUAAUCUUAUCCAAAUUAGCACCUCAAGAUGCUGCAUCAGUAGCUUGUGUUAGUAAGAGGUUUAGGAAUUGGGCUUCUGAUGAUUUGCUUUGGUCCAGAUUUUGUGCUGAUGAUCUUGACCUUUCUUCCCCACUUGACCCACUUGACAACCUCAUGCCUUCUUUCAAGGCAUCUUAUCAAACAUGGCGGGAAGCUUUUAAUCUUUACCCAUGGCCCUUGGUCACUCGAGUUAAAAGAUGUUGGGGCAGACUAAGAGACUGGCUAGCAAUGAAUUUCCCUGAAGUUUUGUCUACAUUGCGUAAAGGUGCAUCUGAGGAUGAAAUACAGGAGUUGGAGAAGAGUUUAAAAGUAAAGUUGCCUCUUCCUACUAGGGUUCUCUACCGGUUCUGUGAUGGUCAAGAACUGACAAGUGAGGAGUUCAGUGGAAGCGCGGCUGGGAGUUUGUUGGGCCUCAUAGGAGGCUACUCCUUUUAUGACCAUCUAGUGAAUGUAUCUUUGCUGCCUUUACAUCAGAUGAUAAUAGAAACUAAAGAAAUUAUCAGACAUCUCGGAUUUGGCAAUCGAUCUAAGUACAUCGUUGUAGCAGCCUCUUGCGGUUACAAUGAAAAGAUUUUCUUCCUCAACUGUUCCAAUGGUCAACUUUAUGUUGGUACUAGAAAUCUCUCAACUGAUGGAGAAAUGCUCCCUUGUGUGCCAAAUGCCUUGAUAAGUUCGGUUCAUGAUGUAAAAGGCAGUCAACAACAAGAUGCCGUGCUCUUGUGGCUAGAGGAACAUGGCCGUCGUUUGCAAAAUGGCAUGAUCAAAGUCCGUAAAGAAGGAAAAGUCAGAAGUAUCAGUCUUUUUCCGGAAGAACCUCCAAUUUGUUCUCUUGCUGUAACAAAUGGUGUAAAGGUUCGUGCUUCUUCUGUGUUCGUCCCAGAGUCCAGUAACCUUCAAGAUGAUUCUGAGAAGUUUUUAUUUGCUUAUUCUAUCCGCAUGUCUCUUUCACCCGAAGGAUGCAAAAUGAAUGGAAUGACCUUCAGCUCUUGCCAACUAUAUUGGAGACGUUGGAUCAUCCGCUGCAAUAACAGAAUUGUAGAUGAUGUAAAUGGAGAAGCAGUGAUAGGAAAGUUUCCAUUACUGCGACCAGGUGAAGAAGAAUUUGUCUAUGAAAGUUGCACAGCACAGUCAUCUUCACCAGGCUCAAUUGAAGGAGCUUUUACUUUCGUACCUGGGAGAUUAGCAGAUCCAAAAGGUAGUGCAUUUGAAGCAGAGGUGGCAAGGUUUCCCCUUCUGGUGCCAGACUAUAUCUUCUGAUGGAACUCGCUCGAAGUGUAAUGCUUUCGUCUCUUUCCUUCUGGGCCAGGAACGGAAGUUGUCGUUAAGCUCUCAGCAAGUCGCCAAGGAAUGUCCAGAAUUUGAGAGGGAGAGUCCUGGCUUCUUUUAAGUCAUGCAGUUGUCUAUAGUGAAUAAGCACUUGCUCUUUGUUAUUAAUGUGUGAUCUUUUUUCUUUUCUCAUGGGGGAUUUAGCUUUUUCCUCCUUCAGGUUGUGAUAUUCUUUGAGUGCUUCUUUGGUUUACUGUUGGGUUCCUUUUUGUGCAACAAAAUUAUUUUGACUAUACCGUGUUAUAGAAACUGAUAGAACAUGUAAACCGAAGCUUUACUCUGUGAUACUCGCGCUCUUCCCUGCCC